AUGCCCAUCACAAUCCUUGCCCCGAGAGGCACACCGUCACGGCCAAAGCUCGCGCAACGCCCCAGCGACUCCGACUCAGAUUCCGAUGGCGGCGUCGAUAUCGAGGGCGAUGUCUCCAUGUCUCGCCCAGCGAAGCGCCCCCGCGGCGACAACUACGAGAUCGUCACGCCCGGUGAAGUCAUCACCGACGACCCCCAGUGGAUGAGAGGCCACGGCACCUACAUCACCCCGAGCACCACCGAAAUCGUCUCCUCCGUUGCGGGAACCGUAACCCGCACCAACAAGCUCCUCUCCGUCCGGCCCCUGCGCGCCCGCUACACCCCCGAGAUCGGCGACCUCGUCGUCGGCCGCAUAGUCGAGGUUCAGGCCAAGCGCUGGCGCGUCGACGUCGGCUCCUCGCAGCUCGCCAUCCUCCAGAUCUCCGCCAUCAACCUGCCCGGCGGCAUCCUCCGCAAGCGCACCGACACGGACGAGCUACAGAUCCGCUCCUUCUUCGCCGAGGGCGACCUCGUCGUCGCGGAGGUCCAGCAGCUACACCAGGACGGCGCGGCGAGCUUGCACACCCGUUCUCUGAAGUACGGCAAGCUGCGCAACGGCGUCUUCUGCGCGGUCACCGGCACCGGGGGCGGCGGCGGUGUGGUGCGCGCCAAGAGGCAGCAGUGGGUGAUGGACGCGGCGAGGGGCGCGGCAAAGGUUCACGUCACGCUCGGCGUCAACGGGUUCAUCUGGAUUGCGAAGCAUGUCGAGAGCGAGAUGCCCGAGUCGGUUGGGCUAAACCGCAUGGAAGAGAGCGUGAGCGCCAACGUCUACUCCAGCCAGAACGACCAGAUCGAUGUCGAGACCAUGCGGGAGAUUGCGCGUAUACGGAGUGUGAUUUUGGCGCUGGUAGAGAAUGGCCUGCGCGUGGACGAGGACUUAGUAGUCAGGGGCUACAAGGAGGCUGUCGAGAUUGGAAUGGAGAGCGUCGAGGACGACAUCUACCUUGGAGGCGAAAGGGGGAAGAGGCUUGCGGAGGCCUUGCUGAAGGACACGACAAGAACGAGCCUCUCAGGAGGUCUCCACCAGCUCCGCACCGGCGAAAUAUCCCUUGUUCUCGAUUACGCCUCGGUCCUUGACGAAAGCCGUGUACUUGACAACCCACUCCGGCACGAGGUCGCCGUACAGGCCCUCUCCGCCUUCGAGCGGAUCGGCAAGAACGCCAGCGCCCUGCAGCCCGUGACCAAGAAGCUCGCGGAGGGUACCGCUAGGCAAAAUAUCGGUGCAGUCGGUGUGGACGAGCAAUUCGACGCCCUCUGUCUUGGCCAGCUUGACGAGAGUGGGAGGCACGCUACAGCAGUCCUUGGUGUUGAUCUGGUCAACGGCGGGGCGGAUGUCAACCUUUUUGAUGAACUUGGCAAGCUUCUCGGUGCCAAAUUCAGAGAUGCCGAGGGCCUUAACCUCACCGCGGCGGUACAGGUCCUCGAGUACAGUCCAUGUCGCGGCCUCCUGGUCGAUGUUGCCUUGGCUGGCGUUGCGCUUGUCAGCCUCCCACUCACAAUCUCCCUCGAAGGACAUUCCUGGGAAUGA